AUGUAUAUCCAGACCACGACCCUGACCAUCUCCGUAAGCCUCAGUGCGUCCGUCUCUCUGGGAAUGCUCUACAUGCCCAAGGUCUACGUGGUUCUCUUUCAUCCGGAGCAGAACGUGCCCAAGCGCAAGCGCAGCCUGAAGGCUGUGGUCACUGCGGCCACCAUGUCCAACAAGUUCAACCCCAAAGGUGGCCUGAGGCCCAACGGUGAAGCAAAGUCUGAACUCUGUGAAAGUCUUGAAACACAAGUGCUGGCCUCUAAGCAGACUUACAUAAGCUACAGUAACCAUGCCAUCUAAGAGAGUGAUGAGCCGUGGAGGUGGAGCAGGGGGGGCCGGCCUGAGGAGAAAUCACCUGAUUCUGGGGAAAACUAUGAACUAGGGAAACACAGGAGAAUGUCAAUGUUUCUAGCAGAGAGGAGUCGGUGGAAAGAUGGGAAUUUGUCACUCCAAAAGUAGAAAGGAUGUCUAGCAUUUUCUAAAAAAUUAUUGAAUGUGUCACUUGUGGGUUGGGAGAUGGAAUUGGGAAAUGUCAGGGGGGUUUGGAGAGUAAAUUUUCCUCUUCCCACCCUCUUCUGAGACACACGUGAGUGCUGAGCAGCGACAUUUCCGCAAGCUGAGUGAGCCACCGAAAGCCAACACUAUGUUUUCCUUCUGAAAUGUAUAGCACACGACUUCAGUUCUCUCUGGGGCUGAUUCAUUUUUCUCAUUUCAACAAAAAACAGGGAAAAGAGUGUUUUGUUUUCGCUCUAGUCAAAUGCAGUUUACAAGCAGUAUAAAAAGUUUUUUUGUUUUUUGUUUUUUUUUGUUUUAGUAACUGGUAUUAUAGGAGUUGAAAGCUGCAGUACUCUUCAAACUGUACAUGCCUUACUACAGUAUAUUCAGUAAUGCCACACGAGCUGACCACCACAUACAGUAAGAAACAAAGCAGUGGGUGAUCCCAGUCUUUUUUUAAAUAAAUGUUUCAUAUUAAUGAUGAUGAUGACGCCACCAUCUUGGCAAAUCUAGUGUACAGUCCCAGAGCAUGCUUGUGGGAGCAUCACGUGUACUGUGCUGUGUUGUCAACGUCUAUGGAAUGCAACAUUUGUCAUGGUUGUCAUUCACAGUGGAAAUGUCAUGUUGCACCAUUACACGCUGGGUCACCCUCUGCUGAAGAAAGACUAAUUUAAAACACUAAAAAGGAGACAAACCCGAAUGGUUUACCCCCACGGUCCAUAAUCUCCGAGACUUGACAAUGUCUACGUUAAACGUUCCAGAUCUAUUGGCCCUUAUUUAUCAUGCACUUGUUAACAGCCUCUCAACGUUAAGAAGUCUGCUGCAUUGGUUUAACAUCAAUCCAAGGCUUCACUAUUGACCCUUGUUUUCCUCGUUUGCAUAUUUCCUUGUUUAACUGGAGACAUCAUUUUUUUUUAGCAAGUCCUGCACUUGAUGAAAUGCUUCAUGCUGAAAAAGGAAACAACACAAUUAGUCGGCGGUCAUACCAGAUGCAUUCAUCUUUAAACCUUGUUGGUAAAUAAUAUUAUGAGCUGCAAAGGGAGAGUACUACAGUAGGAUUUCCCCUGUGAUUUGUGCAAGGUGCAGAUAUUACCUGUGCUUCUUUUUUUUUUCUCCCCCUCCCUGCAGUUUUUUUCCCCUUGCACCAUGAAAUGUGACAUUGCAGCAAAAAUUAUUAAUGAAGGUUUGGAUGCAAAAUUAGGAGGACUCAUUUAGAGAUGUUGCAAGCACAGUUCAACCAAAAAUGCAAAAGAUAACUAGAUGGAUGAAAAACCUGUGUGCAGCAUGAGUGAUUUACCUUUUAACAGACUUCUCUGCAGUCUUUGAGA